AUGGGUGGCAUCCUGGACGUUAUACGAGGGCGCAGUGGAGGUCGCGUCUCUCAGAAAACCCCGACACCUGGAGAUGCACCAGCCGAUGAUAAGAAUGCGAACGCAUACGUAUCCGACUCCGGCUCGAGUAGUCUCAGUCUUGAAGAGAGAAAUGAGAAGGAGAUUUCCGAGCACCCCGACAGCGUAACUGCGGAUGCUCAACUCGGCCAGCAGAAAGCUGAAGCUGCGGCUCUUGUUUGGUCCAAGACUGCUGUUCGUGCGACAUACGCAUGGAUUUGGAUAUGCUUCUUCAUGCUGGCACUUCAGCAAUCAAUUUUAAGCAAUGUCAUGUAUUAUGCCUAUGCGGAUUUCUCCAGCGCACCGGAGAUUACCACCGCCUACAUCCUGGCUGCCAUCAUUGGCGGUGUUCUCAAACUCCCUAUCGCCAAAACCCUGAACUUGUGGGGACGUGCCGAGGGCUUCCUCGUCUUCGUUGCCAUUUACCUGCUCGGAAUGAUUGUCAUUGCAUCUUGCAAUGGUGCUAACGGGUUCGCUGCUGGGUACACCCUUUAUUGGAUCGGCUACGACGCAAUUUAUUUCAUCAUGGAUGUGUUUGUUGCCGAUACAUCCGGUCUUCGAAACCGAGCUUUUGCAUUUGCUUUUGUCAGCACACCAUUCAUCUGCACGGCAUUUACUGGUCCACUUGCUGCCCAGUCGUUCCUCCAGAUGACCACAUGGCGAUGGGCUAUCGGCGCCUUCUGUAUCAUCAUGUUCUUCGUCUUUACCCCACUGGCUAUUGUCUUCAAAUUCUUCGAGAUAAAAGCGAGAAAGCAAGGCCUGUUCAAGAGGGAACCAAGCGGUCGCAGCAUCAUGCAAUCGAUCGUGCAUCACUGCAUUGAGUUUGAUGUUGUAGGAGCCUUUUUGUUGAUGGCUGCCUUCGUGCUCUUCUUGCUGCCUUUUAGCUUGAGCUCAUACGGUGUCUCUGGUUACAAGUCUGCAACGUUCAUCAGCAUGGUCGUCAUUGGCUUCCUCCUCUUCUUUGUUUUUGCAGCUUGGGAGAAAUUCUGGACGCGGUCUCACUUUAUUCGUUGGGAGUUAUUCAAGAAGCCUACGGUGCUUGGUGCUUGCAUCCUAGCUGCGGUACUCUACUACAGCUUUUAUGCCUGGGAGUCGUACUUCUAUUACUUCGUCAUGGUUGUUUACGACCUUAACGUCGCCAAUACGGGGUACAUGACGCAGAUCUAUAAUAUUGGAUCUUGCUUCUGGGGCGUUGUCUUUGGCGUUUAUGUCCGCUACACCAAGCAUUUCAAAUACGCUUGUUUGUUCUUCGGUCUGCCACUGAUGUUCCUUGGCGCUGGCCUCAUGAUCCACUUCCGUGGCCAAGAUGCCGACAUCGGAUAUAUCAUCAUGUGCCAAAUUUUCAUCGCAGUCGCUGGUGGCACUCUCGUCAUUGGUGAGGAUAUGGCUGUCAUGGCCUCUGCCGACCGUGACGGUGUCCCUAUGAUGCUGGCUAUCCUUGGCCUCUCUUCCAGUCUUGGAGGCGCCAUCGGCUAUGCUGUCGCCGCUGCCAUCUACACCAACACAUUCCCCACUGCUCUCAUAGCUUCCUUGCCGGCCGAGAGUCAGGCUGAUUGGGCUACCAUUUAUGCCGGCGGCUCGGCUUCUCAACUGCUCUAUCCCGUGGGUUCCUCAACUAGAGAUGCUAUCAACUACGCCUGGGGAUACUCCCAGAAGUACAACGCCAUUUCUGCUACAGCUGUUCUGACCCUUGCUAUCCCAGCUAUUGCAAUUUGGAAGAACUACAACGUCGACAAGAAGCAAAAUAAGGGUACUCUCAUCUGA